AUGACAACGAAAAAGAGCAAUGGUCGUCGAAAGAUCAAAAUAGAAAAAUUGGAGAAUGAAAGCAACUUAUAUGUUGCAUUCGCGAAACGCCGACCUACCUUGUUUCAGAAAGCGAGUGAGCUUUCCAUUUUGUGUGGAGCAGAAAUCGCAAUCAUCGUUUUCUCUCCAACAGGAAAGCUAUACUCCUUUGGUCAUCCGUCUGUAGAGAUGAUUGGUGAUCGUUUCCUCACUCAAACUUCACAACCAAGUUCUAGCAACUCCCAACUUGUUGAAGCAUAUCGAAAUACAAAUAUUUAUGAACUCAGUAGGCAACUCACCUAUGUGCUUACUCAACUGGAGGUUGAGAAGAACAAAAGUGAGGAACUUACAAAUAUUAGCAAACAAGGCAUAGGUAAUCAUCCGUGGGAGGCUCCAAUAGAGAACCUAGGAUUACAAGAGCUGGAGCAGUUGAAGCUGGCUAUGGAGUGGCUGAAAAACCAAAUUGAGGAACAGAAGAAGAGGAUUGUGGCAGCUAACCAAUUGCCUAAAGUUCCCGUUUCUGGUGCUAAUGGUACUGAAGGAGGCUACACUCAAUUAUUGAAUUCAGUAAUAACAAUGACUCAUGGAUUCAAUAUGGGAAAUGGACAUGUUAAUCGUUGA